AUGGCCGACCUCGCAGAUGCGGCGCUCGCGGAGGCUACGAACCCGUCCCCGGCAGGCGAUGCCCAUGGAGCUCCAGGCCACGACGACGACAACAAGUUCCAAAAGGCGAUAUCAGCAUGGCGCAAUAUCAACCUCACAACGAUGAUCCCGUCCCUGGACAAUACGGCAUCAGAAAUUGUUCAGUACCAGCGAGAUUCUACAGUUCAACGGAAGGAUCUGGCCCAAAAGACAAAGGAAUUCAGGAAGCUUGAUGAUUCUGCGAAACUGGGAGAGGUUAAGGGUUUAUUGAAAGCUUACCAGAUCUUCAUCGACCUUCUAACCAAUCACUCUAAAUCGACCAACUCGGCAUUCUUGCAAGUGUAUUCAUCACUUUCCGAAGCGCCGGAUCCAUAUCCAUUACUCGAGGCCUCCGUUGAUUCGCUUCUGCUUUCCGAAGAUACCCUUCCCAAAGUCACCUUGGAGAAUGAAAAUCUUCAGAAGAGUGUCAGCAAGCUCACAUCACAGCUUGAAGAUACCGAAUCAAGAUUGGAGACUGAACGGACUUUGCGAAAGAGUUUGGAGGAAGGGUUAGAAACAAAAGUAAAAGAAGUCGAGACAUCGUGGGCAGCUGUAUUGGAAGAGAAGAAGGACAACUGGGAGGCCAAGGAGAAGCUAUUGGAGGAGAAAAUCGAAAAUCAAGACCGACUUUUGAAUGAAAUUAAGGCUAGCUACGAAGUAACACAGCGACUUGGGCAGUCCGAAACGGAGAGUGCGGACGGACGAGGCAACGUUACCAGUGCGGAAUUGGAGAUGGUACAUUCAGACCUCGAGCGUACCAGCGUACGACUAGCAGAGGUCGAAGCCCGGAACGAGCAACUGAGGAUUGAGCUCGCGCAAUCAGCAUCGCAAGUACCAAGCCAGCCAGCAUCAAAUCCAGAGGAUGAUCCUUCUUUCAUGCGAAUGCGAUCCGAGAACUCCUCCCUCUUGCGGAAGCUUGAUGCUGCCCGAGUGGAAAGAGAUUCUAGGAAGCGAGAACUUGAUGGGAAGCUUCGUUCACUCGAGAGAGAAAUUGGCAUGCUGAAGGAGGAGCGUGAUACACUCGUCGCCAAAGUAAAGAAAUGGAGUGAUUACGAAGACGUCAAACAAGAGUUGGAGGUACUGAAGAGUAUAGAAUUCUCAACUGGCGAUGACGAUGACGCCGAUCUUGGGGAUUCUGCGCCAAAUGCUUUGCAGUCCGGCGUAGAGAAUGGAUCUGGUGCUAAAGGGAAAGGAGAUACUCUGGAACAGCUUUUGCUUGCUCGAAACAAGAAGUUGAGUGAUGAAUUGACAGUCCUAAGGGUUUCACAUCAAGACCUGCAGGCCCGGUUACAAUCUAUGCAGGAGGACUCGUCCAAAACAAAUUCGGAGCUCGAACGGGCACAGCAAUUAGUUUCUACUCUGGAAAACGAUCUCGCCAAUGUUCACGAUUCUGCAAAUGCGUAUCCAUCUGGUGCAUCGGUUGCUGGAACAUACGCAAGUAGAUAUCCUCAAUCGUCAGCUAACUUUGCCCGCAAGGGCAAGGUUUCGCCUACUUCAUCUAUAAUAUCUGGUUUCGAUCCAAGAUCACAGGCAUCGCUGGGCACGACCUCUCUGGAAGCUUUGAGGUCAGGCGAGCCUGUUGGAGGAGGUUCUGGUAUAUUGCCAAUGAUUACGGCGCAGCGGGAUCGGUUCAAGAAAAGAAAUACGCAGCUUGAGAAUGAGCUCUCGGAAAGUCAUCGUGCGGUUUCCUCGUUGCGACAGGAAAUAGCGUCUUUGCAGAAGGACAAUCUCAAUUUAUAUGAAAAGACAAGAUAUGUAUCAACAUACAACAGGGCUGGACCGACGGCCUCAUCAGCAUCUUCGUAUGCAACAAAUCCCAACCCUUCCAUGAUACAGAUGUCCAGCUCAACAUCCUCUGGGCUUGCCUUGGAUCGAUAUCGCUCAGCGUACGAAUCAAACAUAUCCCCCUUCGCAGCUUUCCGAGGACGAGAGUCCGCUCGUGCAUAUAAGCGUAUGAGUCUUCCGGAACGAAUCGUUUUCUCGAUUACGAGGAUGGUUUUGGCUACUAGAACAAGUCGCAACCUUUUUGCAGGAUAUUGCUUAGCGUUGCAUCUUGUCGUCUUCUGUUCAUUGUAUUGGUUGGGGACAGGCUCCGCAGACGGCUCACAGCUCGGCGCUGCCGUAGCAGCAGCGGCGGCUGGGCCUGUAGCCGCAAACUCUGCUGGAGAUUCGACAGACAGUGAUUGGCAUCAGGCAGGGUUCAACGAAGAUAAGUCAUGA